GAGAGAAGAAAAGGGUAGUGGCCACUAGAGCCCAAGAUCGAGCUCGGCACGGACGACGAAGCGCGUGAAACUCGUCCGAGUCUUCCGGGCUAACCCGUCCGGUUCAACUCAUGACUCCCGGCUGUUAUGUAGUCAUCCAACUGCCUCGGGCUCGGUCGUUUCCUUUUAGCUCCGAUUAGGUGAUCCGCCCACCGACUUCUCGUCUACGAAGGGCUUAUCGGCUCGCAAGAACGAGCUUAGGGUUAGGUUUUCGGGGGGAGACGAAGAGAUGUCCGGCUCCGGCAGCCGCCGGGAAGGCAGCGGCGAGGGCUCCAGCAUUCGCAGCCGCUCUUCUCGUACCAAAAGGGAAGGAGGACGAGGCGAUCGCGGCCUCGAGGUGAGAGACUCUCAUCGUCAGCACAAUUCUCGUGAUUUUAUGCAAGGGAAGACGAGGAUGAGGGUGAGAGAUGGAGAUAGAGACGGAGAUUGGUAUCGUGAUAACAAAAGAGAUCAGGAUCGAGGCAGGGAAAGAAAUCAAUAUGGGGAAAGAGAACGGGAUCAUGGUAGGGAAAGAGAUCAGAAUUAUCAUCGCCGAGACCAUCACAGAAAUACGAACACAAAGGAUGAUGGGGGAAAGGACAGAUCAGAUGAAUCUGAUUGCCAUGGCAAUCAUGAUAAUGACCGCUACCGAGAAUAUGACCGAGAUGGGAGUAGGAGAAAUAGACAUGUAUCAUGCUCUCGUUCUCCAUCUAAAAGCAAGCGCGUAAGUGGUUUUGACAUGGCCCCUCCUGGCGCUCCUCUUCUGCCUGGUGCUGCUGGUACAGGGCAGCUGCCUGGCAUUCCUCAACCGCUGACAGGAAUACUCCCAACCAUGUUUCCUCUUCCAACCCUACCGCUAGGAUCAAUGUCAGUGAUGCCAGCUCCAGCAAUGACUCAACAGGCAACAAGGCAUGCACGCCGUGUAUAUGUUGGAGGCCUUCCUCCCAUGGCAAAUGAACAGACAAUUGCUACAUUUUUUAGCAACAUCAUGACUGCUAUAGGAGGAAAUGCUGCUGGUCCAGGUGAUGCUGUUGUCAAUGUCUACAUAAAUCACGAAAAGAAAUUUGCUUUUGUUGAGAUGCGAACAGUUGAAGAAGCAAGUAAUGCGAUGGCAUUAGAUGGUAUCAUUUUUGAGGGAGUCUCAGUGAGAGUUCGAAGACCUACCGACUAUAAUCCUUCAUUGGCCGCAGCACUCGGACCUAGCCACCCCAAUCCUCAUCUUAACCUAGCUGCAGCCGGUCUCACUCUUGGCACAAUUGGUGGAGCUGAGGGACCUGACCGUAUCUUUGUAGGUGGUCUCCCCUACUACUUCACAGAUGCACAAAUAAAGGAGCUACUUGAGUCCUUUGGACCUCUGCGUGGAUUUGACCUUGUUAAAGAUAAGGACACGGGAAACUCAAAAGGUUAUGGUUUUUGUGCCUAUCAGGAUCCAUCAGUCACAGAUGUGGCUUGUGCUGCACUUAAUGGUCUGAAAAUGGGUGACAAGACACUAACCGUACGCCGUGCUUCUGCCAGUACUGGGCAAAUUAAACCAGAGCAGGAGUUGAUUUUACAGCAGGCACAACAACAUAUAGCUAUGCAGAAAAUGGCUCUACAGGCUGGAAAUGCCCCACCUUUUCCUGGAGCAGGGUUGGCACUUGCUGCCCCUGUAGCAUUUCCAACUAAAGUUCUAUGCUUGACUGAGGUGGCGUCCAUCGAUGAGCUGAGGGAUGAUGAGGAAUAUUCAGAAAUAUUAGAGGAUAUGAGAGAAGAAAGUGGAAAAUUUGGUUCAUUGGUAAAUGUGAUCAUACCACGCCCAACUUCAACUGGGGAAUUGAUUCCUGGAGUUGGAAAGCUAGGUAUUAUAAUAAAUUAUACUUCAAACUUGGAGUUAUUGAGACAAUCAAGGGUGAGCCUCGAUGCAAGGGUGUUUUUGGAGUACACGGAUGUCACAGGCUCGACUAGGGCAAAGGUUGCUCUCCAUGGAAGAAAAUUUUCAGGGAACAUUGUCACUGCUUCAUAUUACCCUGAGGACAAAUUUACUAUGGGCGAUUAUGGGGCAGCAGCAGUGGGUUGAGCAGGAGCCUAUACGCCUGCACUAUCAUUGCUUUUAACGUUCCCAUUUUACAGGUGGUCAUAUUUUCUUGAGUUCUGGAAGAUUUAUGUCAGGCUUUGAUUUGCAUCAGGAUGUAGAGGGUGGCCUGAUCUUUUGUAUACAAAUCUUGUUGAGUAGGGAUCCUGUUGGUACGUGACUUUAGUCAUGCUUGGUAAUUUUAUAUCAAUCCAUCAGUUAUUCAUUGAACUGGAUGGCAAGGUCUAUGUACGCUAAUAAACUGUUGGAAGAGGAUCUGAUAAGGGGACCUUGAUCUGAUCCCAAUAUAUGGUCUGGUUCAUUGAGUACUACUAUCAUACAAACAUGGUAUAUUUUUACUGCAA